AUGUGGGAUGAGCUGAACUGCUGGCCUCCUGCUUCUCUCGGAGAAACCGUCUCUCAGCCGUGUCCAGAGUUUUUCAGCUCGGAGGCUAAAGUGCAUCGUAACUGCACGGCCAUUGGCUGGACGGACCCUCUGGUCCCACAUGAAGACGCAUGCGGCUACACCUUCAAUGAGACUCUCCACUUCCUUGGAGAGUCCUCAGACUCCCAUCUGUAUUUCUCCUACGUGAAGACCAUGUACACGGUGGGAUACGCCCUCUCCCUCAUCUCCCUCUCCAUCGCCGUCACCAUCUUCUGUCUGCUCAGAAAGCUGCACUGCACCAGGAACCACAUUCACAUCCAGCUGUUUGUCUCCUUCAUCCUGAGAGCCAUCUUCAUCUUCAUCAGAGACUCCCUGCUGUUUCACAACGAGGAGCUCUACCACUGUGACGCCUACCCGGUGGUGUGUAAGGUGGUGCUGAUGUUUUCCAACUACUCCAUCCUGGCCAACUACAGCUGGCUUCUGGCGGAGGGUCACUUCCUGUUCACUCUGGUGAGCCGCUCCUUCUUCUCCCUGAAGAAACACCUGGCCUGGUACAUCGUCCUGAGCUGGGGUUUACCUCUGAUUGUUAUCAUCUCCUGGGGAUGUGCCAAGUUCUUUUAUGAAGACGAAGGCUGUUGGGAAACCAGGAGGCAUGAGUGGAUUUGGUGGAUACUUCGAGUGCCAGUUCUUCUGACUAUAUCUAUGAACCUCGUCUUUUUCUUGGGCAUUUUGAGGAUCCUGGUGAACAAGCUCAGGAUGCCAGAUGCACAGAGGAAUGAAUUCAGCCAGUAUAAGUGA